AACUGGAAACAUGGCUUUCUUGUGGAUCCUCUCCUGCCUGGCCUUCCUCGGCGCUGCCUAUGGCUGCGGGACCCCAGCCAUCCAGCCAGUCGUGAGCGGCUACUCCAGGAUCGUCAACGGCGAGGAGGCCAUCCCCGGCUCCUGGCCCUGGCAGGUGUCUCUGCAGGACUCCACUGGCUUCCACUUUUGCGGUGGCUCUCUGAUCAGCCAGGACUGGGUAGUGACAGCAGCCCACUGCGGAGUGAGGACCUCCCACCUCGUCGUCCUGGGGGAGCACGAUCGCGCAUCACCUGCUGAGGAUAUCCAGGUCAUCAGAGUUGGCCAGGUGUUCAAGAACCCCAAGUACAACCCCUUUACCAUCAACAACGACAUCACUCUGAUCAGGCUGGCUACCUCUGCCAGGCUGGGUGUCCGUGUGUCUCCCGUGUGUGUGAGUGAGGCCUCAGACGACUUCCCAGGGGGCAUGAUGUGUGUGACCACUGGCUGGGGCCUGACGAAGCACAAUGCUGCGGACACCCCUGCCCUGUUGCAGCAGGCCUCCCUGCCCCUCCUGACCAACACGCAGUGCAAGCAGUACUGGGGCACCAAGAUCACCGACCUCAUGAUCUGCGCUGGGGCUGAUGGAGCCUCCUCCUGCAUGGGUGACUCCGGUGGCCCCCUGGUCUGUCAGAAAGAUGGGGCCUGGACCCUGGUGGGUAUUGUGUCCUGGGGCAGUGGAACCUGCUCCCCCUCCAUGCCCGGAGUCUACGCCCGCGUCUCCAAGCUCAGAUCCUUCAUUGACCAGACUUUGGCUGCCAACUAGAACAGAGACAGCUGUGUUCAGUUUUCUUACUCCUCAAUAAAGAGCUUUUAGUGCAAA